AUGACCGAGUCCAAGCAGCAGAAGAUUAACAAGGCCCAGGCCAACCUGCCUCUUCCCGAGCAGCCCCCCGUCGCCUCUGACUGGCAGUCGGCGGAUGCGCGCAACGUCAACGUCGGCUCCGGUGGUGUCUCGUCUGACAUCUCCAAGGGCGACGCUUCCUCGGCUGGCCUGCGGGAGCCCGCCACCAAAGGCUCUGACAUGAAUAUGAGCGGAAUCGGAAGGACUGACAGGGCUUGA